AUGGAAGUUGAUACGGGGCCCAUCUACUCGGUGAUUGGCGAAGCGGAGUUCACGAGGCUGUUUCCCGGGAUGGUGCUAGAAAAUUCCGAUCUCAAGCUGAGAGGCUACUUCGUCCAUCAAUCCGCGGUCGUGGGGAAAGCGACAGUGCUGGUCAAAUUCGGAGGAAAGCACGCUCGCCUAGCAUUUUACGUCGUCAAGAGCGGUGCGCGGGCCCUGCUAGAGAAGAACUGGGCGAAAGCUUUUGGUAUGCCGCUCGACAGUCUGCUGAACGUGCACUCGGUCGAUGACGUGAAGGACCUGAUAAGCCGAUUUCCUGAUGUGUUUUCAGAAGGUCUCGAUAACUUUGCAGGAGUGAAGGCCAAGAUAAAAGUGCCAGAGGACGUGAAACCACGUUUCUUCAGGCCGAGACCAGUACCAUUUGCUCUGCAGGAGAUGGUGGCGCAGGAACUACAGCGGUUGCAGCGAGAAGGUAUCCUCAGGCCAGUGCGGACCGCGGAAUGGGCCGCACCGUUCGUUCCAGUUUUGAAGAAGGACGGAAAAAUCCGAUUGUGCGGAGACUUCAAGGUCACGGUAAACCGGGCAGCAGAUAUUGAGACGUACCCGGUGCCAUGGGUCGAAGAAAUCUGGGCACAGCUGGCGGGAGGCGUGAUGUUCUCAAAGUUGGAUCUUCGGGAUGCAUACCAGCAAGUGGAGUCGGAUGAGGAGUCCAAGAAAUUGGUGACUAUCAACACACAGCAGGGACUUUUUCAGUACAACCGACUGCCAUUCGGAGUGGCAUCAGCACCGGCAAUUUUCCAGCGCCACAUGGAGAAUCUGCUUCGCUGUUGCCGCCAGACUGUCGUGUAUUUCAACGAUAUAUUUGCGUCUGGGGUGUCCGAAGAGGACCACCGUAACAACUUGGAAGUGCUGCGGCGACUGAAUGGCGCAGGGUUAAGGUUGAAGCUCCAAAUAUGCGUGUUCGAGACAACAAGCGUGGAGUACCUGGGAUAUGUCAUCGAUAAGCAUGGCCUGCACCCAGCACCUGAGAAGAUCGAGGCCAUCGUACGAGCACCGGGCCCAUCUGACACACGGGAAUUGCAGAGCUACCUCGGUCUUCCCAAUUUUUACCGAAGAUUUCUGCCGAACUUAUCAACGGUGCUGCACCCAUUGCACGUUUUGCUCAAAAAAAAGACACGUCGUGGCACUGGGGGGCCAAGCAGGAAGCAGCAUUUACGCAAAGCAAGCAGUUACUGA